CAGAUUUCAAAAGUGUCUCAAUGAGCACAUUUUUGCCUUUUAUUUCUCCUCCAUGAGCUAUUUUUACCGGUGGAAGCUAUGCAAACUUGGAGUCUCAUAUCAGUUUGUGUGUUGCUCGGUGUUGUUGCUCGGUGGGCCGUUUCGUUAUAUUCAUAUUCAGGGGCGGGGAAACCUCCCAUGUUUGGCGACUAUGAAGCCCAAAGGCACUGGCAAGAAGUGACCUACAACCUCCCUGUCCAGGAAUGGUAUUUUAACACCACUGAGAAUGACUUGAACUACUGGGGUCUUGACUACCCACCUCUGACUGCCUACCACAGCCUGAUCUGUGCUUACAUAGCCAAGAUCAUAAACCCUGAAUGGGUGGAGCUCCACAAAUCCAGAGGCUAUGAAAGUCCAGCGCACAAGUUAUUCAUGAGAGCUACAGUCCUCGUGGCAGAUUUGUUCGUAUACAUCCCUGCUGUGGUUUUAUACUGUUUAUACCUGACUGAUGGAUCCUCUAAAAAAAAGGUUUCCAUUCUGUUCUGCUUUCUUCUAUACCCAGGACUAAUCCUCAUUGACUAUGGGCAUUUCCAGUACAAUGGAGUGAGCCUUGGUUUUGCCCUGUGGGGAGUUCUUGCUCUCGGUCUGGGCUGGGAUGUGUUGGGCUCCGUGGCCUUUUGCCUUGCUCUCAACUACAAACAGAUGGAGCUGUACCAUGCCCUGCCCUUCUUCUGCUACCUGCUGGGGAAGUGUGUCAAACUAGGCCCGAUGGGGCGGGGGCUUUUCCUGUUGGUGAGAAUUGCUGCAACUGUGUUGGUGACUUUUGCCCUCUGCUGGCUGCCCUUCCUGUCUGAUCCCAGUCAGGCCUUGCAGGUGGUCAGGAGGAUCUUUCCCGUGGCUCGUGGUCUGUUUGAGGAUAAGGUGGCCAACACAUGGUGCAGCCUGAACAUCCUGAUAAAGAUCAGAUCUAUUCUGUCCACUGACUCUCAGAUCUACCUCAGUACUGCCUGCACUCUCCUGGCAGUCCUACCUUCCUCUGUCAGACUCCUGAUGAAGCCCACCUUCUGGCAGUUUAAACUGGCCUUGGCUAAUUCAUCUCUGGCGUUUUUCCUCUUCUCCUAUCAAGUCCAUGAGAAGUCCAUCCUCUUAGCUGCCUUGCCUGUCUGCCUCCUGCUGAAUGAUCUCCCCUUGGUGGCUAUUUGGUUCCUGCAGGCCUCUACAUUCAGCAUGGUGCCUCUGUUUCUAAAGGACGGGCUGCUGGUGCCCUACGUUGUGACCUCGCUGGCCUUCCUCUUUCUCAGCAUCUAUCUACUGUCUGCACUGGAGCACUGUUCAGAGGAAGAGCUGAGACUGGGAGCCUACCACAAGCUGCUUUUCUGCCUACCCAAACUGGACCUGGCCCGUAUUGUAAGAUGGAAGUUCUACAUCAGCAUCUCAGCCAUGGCUGGCCUGAGCGUUGUGAGUGUAGCUCUGGUUCCUCCACCACAUCUGCCUGACUUGUUUCCUGUGUUGGUGUCCACUACUGCUUUCCUGCAAUUCUUGGGAACAUUUCUAUAUUUCAACAUUGUCCAGUUCAGCGGGCCGCCCAACAGAAAGAGCCAGAAGAAGAACAACUGAAUGGUGCCAAAGGUAGUGAGAUACGUGGCAGGAGAUUUGUCGUUGAGUUUGCAUUAGGAUAGCCGGUGGUACACCAUGGGGCAUGUCUGCUCUGAAUGAGCAUGAAGGCUUUCAGUCGUGCCAUCAUGUUCCCUGUGCGAACAGCACAAAUGUAGAGCUGCAACAAUUAAUUGGUCGAAAGAAAAUUAACUGGCAACUAUUUUGAAAAUCAAUGAAUUGUUUUAGUCAGUUUUCAAGCAAAAGUGCCAAACAUUUGAUGGUUCCACCUUCUCAAAUAAAAGAAUUCUUCUUCUUUGGGUUUAAGGCUGUUGCUUGGACCGAACAAGAGAUUAGAUAUUACCUUGGGCUCUCUGAAAUCUGAAAUUGUCAUGAAUUUUUCACAGUUGUCUGAACUUUUAUAGGCCAAAAGAUUAACAGAGUCGAUAAUUGGAGGUUAAUAGUUAGAUUGAUAGUUUGUGCCAGCCCUACACAAAUGGGCAUACUGUGGGCUGAAAAAUGAUUAUAGUACAAAAUAAAAGCAUGGUCUUUCAAUUUGAUGAUUCAUUGAUUUCAGGUUCAGAUUUUGGAAAGCUUUCACUCAAAACCCUGCCCUCGCACCCAAAAUAGCUGCCAUUGUGUCACUGUGGGCACGUUACUUCUUAUAUACAUUAUUAUAAAACCGUGGAGGGCGAGAGUGGAUAAACCUGGUUAAAAGGGGCGUGCUGAGAAGUAAAGCGAACACACCAUCAAUGAGGCAGGGAUCAUUUCAUUAGUGAGCACUAGCUGGAGAACAGGAAGUCUGUGCGAGCGACUAUAUCUGAGUGCAAGCGUACAGUCUGAGCAGAAACAGAGCAAAGCUAAGUGCAAGCAGGAACCAUCUGAGUGCGGCAGGAUUUUCAGGGAACGCAUUUCAAAAAUUGAACAUGACGUCAAUGAGUCAUGCUCAAACUGAACGACCACGCUCUUGUAUAAGGAAAGGAAAAAAAAAACAAAGC